CGGCAACCACUCUACCAGUUAAUAAUUAGGAUUGAGUUUAUAGGCCGGACAACAAAUAAACACAGUUCCUUCCUUUAACGUAAAGAUUUCAGGAAAUGAGACCCCUUGUAAAGAAAACCACAGGUGUUUCGUUGCUUAUAAAAUGCACGUUUCACUUCCCAGCUCUUCACAGCACCUCAUAGUACGGCCCCUGUGUGUGUGUUUCUGCCGUGAGGGGCGCACAGCGGAGUCUCAGAAAGAAGACGACUACGAGACUUAUCUCUGUCACACAGCUUCUGGAGGAGCCAUCUGACUGCUGGUUUAUCUGCUCCGACACACACCCUCUCACCAGGAAAGUGUCACUCCGCCCCCUCGUCCUCCUCCUCAUUCCUGCUGACUCUCUGCUCAGUCUCCUCUGUCGCCUCCUCGUCUCACCCCUCUCUGGAUGCCAGUAGCUUCUAGUCAUGGAGGAGACGACAGUCACACAUCAACCAGAGCUGUCACUUGAAAACGCAUCAGCACUUCAAGAAGAGGAAGUGAUCAGCUUCACCGCAGGAAGUGAAGAUAACUCGAGGUCAAGCAGAGUCCCUGCUGUGACGGACCCGGUGCUCACGCAGCCCGGGAUGGGCGUCACCACGACAACCAUCACCACCAUCACACAGACGGGAGGAGGCUGGAGCACUGGCCUGUUCGACGUCUGUGGAGACAAGACGACAUGUGUUCUCGGGGCCCUGGUGCCGUGCUGUUUGGACCUGAGCUUGGCCCAGCAGUAUGGGGAGUGUCUGUGCUUGCCUCUCCUACCGGGAUCCACAUUUGCCAUGCGCGUUGGGAUCAGGGAGCGUUACAAGAUACGCGGGAGUGUGUGUGAGGACUGGACUACAGUGUAUUGCUGUUACCCCCUAGCCGUGUGUCAGAUGAUAAGGGAGACGAAGCGGAGGAUGAAGACUCAAACGUAUCAUGUGUCGACUGCACUAGAGUGCUCCUGAAGAAACCUGAGACAGUAAAUGAGGCCGGUCUCCUUACCGUGAAGCAAAGAUUACUGGUAUAGAUAGCACAGAGAAUCAAUACUAGAAGGCUGGAACUUGCUUUUCAAAUGCUCCUGAGCUUUCCUGAAACAAUAAAUCAAGUCUAUCCUACAACAUUCAAGAAAGACAGAAAGGACAAACUCUGAUUAAUUGCAUGAAAAAUUAGAAGAAUCCCGACUGUAAGGUUAAAGCGACCUUUAAACUGCUGCUGCUGCACUUCAGUUCGAGAAAAUUAUUGUGAUCUAUGUUGGAAAUUGGAUUUAAAUAGAUUUAAAACAGGCAGUAAAAACAUCCUCAGGGUUGGGCUGCAGCUAAACAGCAGAAACCUCCCAAACACCAGCCAACUUUGUUUUAUUGCAAAUGUAUUAACAAGCAUGCAGUUAAUUCUAUAACUGUCACUUACUGUAAGUUUUAAUCUGAACGCAGCCAUCCUCAGAGUCAUUAAACCCUGCUUAGAUGUGCGUUUAUUCAGAUUCCUUCAUGUGAGAGAUCACCCGAUAUUUACCACCCCAUCGAAUUCAAACCUCGGUUGAGUCUGGAUAUGGAAAAUGGGAAAAUGGGGAGCUGUUUUAAAUAGGAAGUGGUCCUUAUUAAGUAAGUGUGAAAUCUUGAAUAUGAUUUGUGUGGACUGAGCCCUUUAAUUUCGUCUCGCAUGCCAAAGGUCACCAGACGCAUUAAUGUGCCGAGACAGUCUGUGAGGAAACAGAAUGCUGUCCAGACCUUGAGGCACAAACUGUGCAAUUAGUGCAGUAAAAUAUAUCCGUCAUUAGAGCCCAUAUCUAUGAAUCAGACUGAGAAAUAUGAUUUUUAAUGUAACACAAUUAAAACUAAACCCAAGUAGACAGGUACAGGAGUGUGGGGGGCCAUUUGUAAAGUUGCUCAUAUUAAAACGAAUGCGCAUUUUUUCCUACAUUUAACUCCAAAACACUAAAAAUUAUCACUUUUACUCAAUGUUAAAUCUACACGUAAAAUCUGAAUCUUAAAUCUACAUUUAACAUUUAUAAACAUUUAGAUUUAACAUUUAUAUUUUGCAUUUAGCGUUCAGAUGUAACAUGUAACAUUUAGAUUUAAGAUUCAGAUUUAACCUUUAGAUUUAACAUUUAUAUUUAACAUUUAGUAAAUGUGAUUUAAAAAAGUGACUUUGAAAAAUUCACACCACAUUUUUUUAGUGUUUUUUAGUGUGUAGCUACAUACACCGCCCCUUCCUUAUUUACUUCCUUAAAUAAGCACAAUGGUUUUAUUUUAUUUUAAGACUAUGGGGUUUAAAGGCGUGUCCAUCCGGACCUGCUUGAUUACUCGGCACAUGCUGUAGCUCCAGUUAAAGUCACGUAGAGUUUUGGGAUAAUAAAGCAUAUUUUUUUUUAUUUUGUUGUUCCCUCAUCUGUGCAUUCCUCGAUCCAACCCCAGGCAUCCAGUCACAUUAUUAUUAUUAUUAUUAUUAUUAUUAAUCCAGACCUGAUCGCUGUGCUUCCCUGAACCUGAAAUACCAAGCAGAAAGAGCGGAUAUGAAAAUGUUAUUUAUACACAACGCAGAUGGGCCCUCAAAGGGCAAACAUAUAAUUUGUUAACCUUACAGAUGUGCUCUCCCUCCAGCCGGCAGCCUGGUGAAAUAGGGGGCAAGGCAGACGGGAUAGAUGGCAGAGAAUGGAACCUCAUAUGUGAUUAAAUGCUUUAGUUCUAAAUUGACAGCUAAUGUAAUGAGAAGCAGGGAAAAUGAAAGUGUUACGUAUUUGUGAAUAAGGAUUUCAGAUGAUACUCCUACGUUAAUUAUGCGCAGCAGGGUGCGUGUCACUUCUCAGCUCCGCCAGCAGUAGGACGCAUAUGAAUCACUGCUUUGCAUGUGUGUGAAGUUUGCCUACGAGUUUGUAUCCCACUGUGCACGCUGUGUAUUCACAUCCUAUACCUCAACGUCUGUGUGCACGAGCACUUCAGAGAAACCGACCAACACAACCAACGUGGAGCAUUUAGAAAAAAAAAAACAUCAUUAACAUACGGCAGCAAACUCUAGUGAUGCUAAUCAGAUCGGUGUGUGGAGUGUAUUCUGCGGUGUUGGUUUAUUUAGUCUCCCCAGUCACUUAAAUAAAACAUACACAACAAUAAGGCAUAACAUUAUGACCACCAUCAUUGUAGAACAGCAGAACACUGAAUUGUCACAAGAUGGUUUUAAAGUUAUUCAUUUCUCAGUCAGUGGUCAUAAUGUUGUGGUUGAUCGGGGUACUAAGCUGCUGCAAGAUGAAUCCAGCUUGUCACAUUUGUGCUAAAGUCAACAAGAACUUACUAAUGUCCUCAUUAGGCUGCUUUGUUUCCCCGAGUUGACCCUGGGUGGAUAACUCAAGCACAGACAUAAUAUCUUUCCAUCUCUGCGAAGUAAUUGCACUGCUUCAUUAUUAGCUCUCAGCUGGAUUUGUAAAUUGUGAAGCUGACUGGGGGAACGUUGGGUCACCGGCUCAAGAUGCCGGAUAACAGACAACACAUUUCUCCACAUUUUGUGAGUUCAAAUGCAACUGAUUUAUUUGCGAGCAGCUCCACCAAAACAUUCAAAUUACAGUUUACGUAAGAGCAGAAGAUUAGCUUGGAUAUGAAAAGUUAAUUUUGAAGUUAAUUAGUGGUUGAAAGUCAUUUAAUUUGGGGAAAACAGGGUUGUGUGGAGGCUCUAACUUAGUGAAACAUCAGUGAAGGGAGGUGCCCACUUGAAAACACCAAUGAUGUGUGGCUCACUGAGUCCUGGUGGCUAAGCUAGUUAGCUGGUGUCUUCUUGUUGGUUGCUAGUUGGUGGCUUCUAAAUGUGUUUUGUCUGGGAUCAUAACACAAGGGAGUGUAACAUCUUAUCCUGUGUAAUAAUGAAUAACACCUUCAUUAGAGGAAAAUUGUGGAAAUGACUGCUCUAUGUUACCGCGUGUACUUUUUACACUUGAUUAAAAAGCUGUUUCAUGAA